AUGGACGCUCAAGAUAUAUCAUGUGUUGAUUUUGAUGAAUUAGGUGUACGUCCUUUAAACUGGAUAGACGAUGGCAAUGAUCUUGAUCUUGAUGAUAUAACAAAUAGAUAUUUUAAUAAAGAAAAACAUUUUGAAUUAAAAUUCAUAACAAAUGGUAAAAAAUUUUUAAUUGAUGAAGAUGAUUCGUCAAUAUCAGAUGAAGAUGAUUCGAAUUAUGAAAUCGAUCCGGAAACUGGUGAGAAAAUCUUUCGUGAAUUGCUGGUUGCAUCUAGUCCAUCUUUUUCGUCUUCCAACAAUAAUUGGAUUGAGGAAUAUUUAUCUACUUUCGAAUUAUCAACAUCAAUACCAUCGUCAUCACCUAAUCAAUUAAUACCAUCGAUAACAACAUCAAAUAGUGAUUUAUUAUUUGAAGAUAUUCCAUUAAGUAACGAUCAAACAAAUUCAAGUUGGCUUUCAAAUUAUAUUUCUCUUGACGAAUCUACUAAUAAUAUCAUGUUCCCUGAUCAAUUACUAUCUGAUCAAUUAAAUGAUGAAAAUGAUAAAAAUCUUCCUGAAACAACAUCACCAAUAUUUGUUCCAUUAUCCAAUAAAAAUAAACAAGAUUCCUUAAUGAAUUUUUUAAGUGUUGCAAUUGAUGAUGAACAUUCAAUAAGUAGUAGUUGCAAUAGUAGUCGACAUCAAAGACUAUAUUCAUCACUUGAAAGUGAUUCAAAUACACUUGAUAGUGAAUUAACAUUUGAUGGAACUUUUAUUGAAACAAAAUUAGAAAAAAUUGAAUAUGAUGAACAUUCAAAUUCACAUACAUUGGUACGUCGACUGAGUGCACGUAGCAAUUGUCAAGGACAACAAGAUGAAGAAGCUUUACGUCGAUAUAAUAUUCCACUCACUGUAUAUGAUAUAACUCAAUCAACCACCGAAGAAUAUAAUCGCCAUCUAUCACGACUAAAUCAUUUAAAUCCUGAACAAAUACAUAUUAUAAAAGAUAUUCGUCGUCGUGGAAAAAAUAAAAUUGCAGCACAAAAUUGUCGAAAACGAAAAGCAAUCAAUGUUGAAGCAUUACUUGAAGAAGUUGAUGAACUCAAACGACAGAAACAUGAAUUAGAAGAACGUAAAAAAUCCUUUAAACAACAAAUUGUCGAAACACGCAGACAAUAUGAAUAUCUUCAUCGUCAAGUUCUACCUGAUCGACAAUUACCACCAGCAAUUAUUGUGAAAUAA